UUCUGAUGCUGCCUAGACCUGCGCGCACUUGAAUGAGCGUUGUUGAGCAAGACGAUAUAUGAUAUUGACAGCAUCUUUAGGUCAUUAUAUGCAUAUUCGAAUAGGCUGCGCCGGUCGGCGAGGUGACAAGCAAAGGACAUACUGAAGUUACAUUUUGGAUGCAGAUGCGCAUGGAUUGCAGGUGUUGUAUUGUCUAUUUCCAACUCCUUGGAAUAUCCGUCAAUGAUUUAACACAAUUUAAAGCUGAUAAAUAAGAUCAUGGGGGGAGAUCAACUCGAUGCCAACGCAAGCUGGAAUUACAUGCACAACGACUCAACCAAAAUGUGGAGCGACAACGCAUUCACCGCGCCUGUCAUGGUCAUUCUUUUGAUGAUGAUGGUAACUUUGGUGGUUGUGAUAGUUUUGGGAAACGCUUUGGUCAUUUUCGCCUUUAAAGUAGACAAGAGUCUGAGGAGGCAAAGCAACUAUUACUUCCUGAAUCUCGCCAUAUCGGAUUUUCUUGUUGGGGCAUUCUGCAUUCCAGUGUACAUCCCAUACAUCCUGACAGGGAGAUGGAUGUUGGGCAGAGGACUGUGCAAACUGUGGCUGGUCAUGGAUUACUUGCUCUGUACUGCCUCUGUCUUCAACAUUGUCCUGAUCAGCUAUGACCGCUUCCUCUCUGUCACCAGAGCGGUGAGCUACCGUGCCAGACAGGGCAUGACCCACCAAGCCAUCAUGAAGAUGAUAGCAGUCUGGGUCCUGGCCUUUGUCCUCUAUGGCCCUGCCAUCAUCUUCUGGGAGCUGGUGGUGGGGAAGAGCCGUGUCCCGGAGGAUGAGUGCUACGCUGAAUUCUACUACACCUGGUACUUCCUCCUCAGUGCCUCCAUGUUGGAGUUCUUCUCCCCCUUAAUCUCCGUAACCUUCUUCAACCUCAGCAUCUACCUCAACAUACGUCGUAGGAGGCUCCGGAACAGAGAUGAGACGAGUGGACAGGCCCACGCGCCUGAUGGACAGCCCCCUCCCCUGGGGAGAGGGGAAUGCCUCCGCCUCACUUCCCUCUUCUCCCGGAACUCGGUAGUGGUUAAGAAGCUGUCCAGCACUGUGUCGGUCCAGGAGAGGGGAUCAGGUUCGGGGUCCUUCCACUCCCAGAUCUUACAUCCCCCCUUGGAGCGGCAGGACACCUCCACUAGGGGCACACAGCGCAGCUGCCUGUCAAGGGACAAGAAGAUUGCCAAGUCGCUGGCUGUCAUCGUGUGUGUGUUUGCUGUGUGCUGGGCGCCCUACACCCUCCUGAUGAUCAUCAGAGCCGCCUGUAAGGGACGCUGCGUCCAGCACCACUGGUAUGAGGUCACCUUCUGGCUGCUGUGGCUCAACUCGGCCAUUAACCCUUUCCUCUACCCGCUCUGUCACAGCAGCUUCCGCAGGGCCUUCGGCAGGAUCCUGUGUCCCAGACGAAGGGCAACUCAGCUGGCCACCAACUGACCUGCAGUAUGGCCAAUCACUUAAGGGCCUCUACUGUAUCAUGUGAUGGAUAGGCCAGUAGCCAGAGAGGUGGUGACACACACAUGAAACACUUUACUGUACAUAGACCCAAAGGAGAUAAUCAAGACUAAAACUGAUACUUUAGCAAUGAACAUUUUUUAAUGGAACAAAACAGAUUGUCUUACAUGUGAUAGGCCAGUGGCCAGAGAAGUGGGGUGAAUCUCGAAAGCCGAAAUGACUCAAAGGUGAUACUACCCACUGGCACAAAAUGGUUGAAUCAACGUUGUUUCAACGUAAUUUGUCAACGUCUUGUGACGUGAAAUCUAAGUGGAAAAUACAAAAAGUCAUCAACUCUUGAUUUGAGGGUGAAAUUUCUACCACGGUAUUAUGUCGUCAUGGUAACCAAAUUUCAACAUAGACAAACCUUGUAUAAAAUAUAUACCUUUUAAAACAUCUGUUAAAAGAUCUUCAAUGUCAUAUCCACUACCAAAAUAAGAAAAAAAUCAAUAGGCUGGGCAGCACCUCCUACUGGAGAAUGUAUUUCUGUACAGAUUCCCUUUGGUCUCCUACCCAAGGUUUUAACCAAGCCUAGCCCUGCUUAGCUAUGAUAUUUGUCACUGACUUACCAGUGCGAUAUCAUGAGAAUGAUUUUUGCGAGUUCUCCACAUAAUAACGAUAUAGAUUCGCUGUUGCUUUCAAAGUCAUUCCAAAAGGGUAGGUUUAACGUAGCAAAUGAAAAGAGACCAUACUUUAUCAUUCAUGUACUGUAUCAUCAAUGAUGCUAUUUAGGCCUAUAUACAGUAGAAUCUGUAAAGUCAUCAACAGGUAUUGUUUCAGUUCAGCAGGCCUAGGCUUUCAAACUCUGGUUGAUUUGAAAUGUAAUGAUAUGUAGUGAUAUUGAAUUGUGUUUGGUUGUCAACGCAACCAGAGAUCAACAUUUGAAGGAGUUGUAAAUCUUCUUUUUGACUAUGUUCCAUCUGUGCCACUGACUUAAUGAAUCAUUUCUAUGUUUGAUUCACGUCUCAAACUCAACCAAAAAUCGAAGUUAAGGAAUAGGAUGGAGAUGGAGACGUGAAUCUAACAUCAUUUGUAGAAUAACUGGAAUUGAAGCCAGACUUAAGUCAGUCGUACAGUUGGAACUUUGUAUUUUGUAUUUAUUAAGGAUCACCAUUAGCUGCCUCCAUCCAGGGCAGCAGCUACUCUUCCUGGGGUCCAGCAACAUUAAGGCAAUUAUAUACAAUAAAAAAUAUCACAUGACAUUUCAUACCACUUUUCACAACACAUUGUGUGUUCCCUCAGGCCACUACUCUACUAUGACAUAUUUACAAUACAACAUCCAUGUGUACGUGUGUGUAAGCGUGUGUGUCAUCUCUUCACAGUCCCCUGUUCCAUGAGGUAUAUUUUUUAAAUCUGUUUUUUAAAAUCUGAUUGUCCUGCUUGCCUCAGUUACCUGAUGUGGAAUAGAGUUCCAUGUAGCCAUGGCUCUAUGUAGUACUGUGCGCCUCCCAUAGUCUGUUCUUGACUUGGGAUUGUGAAAAGAUCUUUUGGUGGCAUGUCUUGUGGGGUAUGCAUGUCUGAGCUGUGUGAUAGUAGUUUAAACAGACAGCUCGAUAUAUUCAGCAUGUCAACACUUCUUACAAAAACAAGUAGUGAUGAAGUCAAUCUCUACUCCACUUUAAGCCUUUACAUGCAUAUUAUUAAUGUUAUCUCUCCGAAAUCAGAAGAUUUGUUGAUAUUUGGUUGUGUUGACUGCAUUGAUCACUUGCACCAUGUACUUUUAAUGUUAUCUCAACUGCAAUCCAGGUCAUUUGUUUCUGCUAUUAGAUGAAGCACAGUGAUAACACGUUAAUCUGUUGUAUACCUAAGCAAAAUCUCAGACAUUGUUUUCUCAUUUGAACUUUGCUGUGUUUUUUUUAAAGCAUUGAUAGGUUAUUAAACAAAACAUCUGACAUUGCUUUUCCAUUGGAAUUUGGUUGUUCUUUUAGAUGGUUCAAAGCAUAAUGACAACAUGAUGAAAAUUCAACUAACUUUGGGCUGUCUUUUGGAGUGGGUGGAUAGGACUAUAGGUUGUAAUCUCAUUGAUCAACGUCUUAACCAAAUAUUACAGUACACAAGUAUGCACGUUGAAAUUACGUGGUGUUCCCAGGGGUAAUGACCAAAUCUGAUAUUUUACCAAUGAAAAUAUUGGAUAUAACAAAACCGAUUGUCAUAUUGACUGCUGUUUACAAAAGUAUAUUUGAAGAGUAGAUUUGAAUGUAUUAUGAGCAUGUGUAUGGCAAUGUUCGUUCUCUGUGAAGUCUGAAUUUUGUGCAAAUAUACAGUAUUCAUCAAAUUAUAUGGCACCAAGGUACUAUGUGGCCCAUGUGAAUUCAUGCUUGUCAUCAUUAUCGUAAGACCAAUAUUUGGUGUAUGAAUAAAAAACAUUCAUGUUUAACUUUGAGAUCAAAGCUCGAAAGGUUUUUCAUGUAGUACCUUUUGUAUUAUACUGGAACAAAGCAGGUUCAUUCUGGCCCACCUCUCUCUACCUUUGGUCACAGAAAUAAAAUAAUAGA